CAGUUUUUCUUGUUUUUUCUUAGUGGAAAUUGAGAAGAUUCUGUGGACGCGCAUUUUUGCGGUACUUCGUGAUUUAGGUCUCCCAAAUCUUUCUUCCGGGCAUGGGGAAAAAGCUGUGCGAUAUCUGAUGGAUUAUUGCGAUACCGUUUCAGGUCUCGAAGGUCCGUUCACAGUUAAUCCGCUCGCUUGUUUAUCCCCCUCCCUCCUUCCGUGCAAUCACGCAUAAAUUGACAUGACGUCGUGCGAAGCCACCUCUUUGUAUUCCCCGGUGACCGGAAGUGGGGAUUGUUUGACGCGAUCUGUGAGCCCCGAUUCUGGCCCGUCGACAUUGGACUCCACUGCUGAUGUCGGAUGCUGUUCACGAGUUGAAGCAUCCGUUCAGACCCUAUCGCUGUUGAGCACUCAGGAACUAUUGUCUUUGUUUGAGUGUCCCGUUUGCUACGAGUACAUCCUACCACCUGCUUAUCAAUGUUGCCAGGGUCACGCCAUUUGUCACGGAUGCAAAAGAAAGUUGAGCCAUUGUCCGUCAUGCAGAGAGGAAUUGGGAAACAUCAGAUGUUUAGUUAUGGAGAAAGUUGGCGACACGAUUCAGUUUCCCUGCAAGUAUGCUUUACAAGGCUGUGGAUUGAUGCUGCAUCGUUCUCGGAAAACAACGCACGAACUUGAAGAAUGCGAGUACAAACUUUUCGAGUGUCCCUACAAGUUUAUAGAUAAUUGCUUGGAGUGGUCUGGACGAGCGGAUAAAGUCGUUGAGCAUCUCAUGCUUGUGCACGCGGAAAAUUUCAAACGUGAACACGGGAAUCUGAAGCCGUUCGAAGGCCCAGUUUUCCCACUAGUGGCGUACGUUCAAGUGAUCGACUAUCAAGCAGAGAACAACACGACGUCCUGGAUGUGGACUGCGUUGCAAACGUGCUACAAUGCCAUAUUCGUUGUCAAUAUUUAUUACGUGCACAAUUCAUUGAUCAAUGUGCAUUUCGUCACCGUUCGGUUGGUGGACACUGUCGACGCUGCCAAAAAGUUUCAAUACGAAAUCCGGCUGGAAGGACCGAACGGAGAACUUUCCUACCGCGGAAGGUGUCAUUCGUUGCACGAAGAGGUGAAGGAGAUUUACGAGAACCGAGAUUGUUUGCAGUUUGACAGCGUCACAGCUGCCAAAUUCAAGGCCGAGACGACUGUGGAUGGAGCUCGACAACCCGUUCUCAAUUUGUCCAUCAAAAUAUUGCCCCUCGAUAGCGGGCUUCAUGAAAUCGAGGCCUUGUGAUGUCACCUGGAAUGCGCGUCGCUUGCCGUCGUUGAAUAUUUCUAGGGAACUUGGCAAAAGCUUUUUCUGCUAGAAUUUCCAUCGUCCGGAGCUCGAGCAGAAUCUUGGAAGCUUUCAAAAAGACAAGAAACAAAACCUCGCCUCUGCUUAUGGGCCGCGUUCUGUUUUUCAGAAAAUUCACGGUCGUAUUUAGAAGUGAUGUUAGAAGAUUUGUUUUCGGGAUUUACGAUCAACAGCUCAGGUUUCACUGACCUCGAAUAAUCGCCUGUCCUCGAAUUUGUCCUAACGGGAAACCCGAGAUUCUUAAUUUGUUUUCGACCUCACUCACGCCAGUACAACCGUGGCGAACAGUUUAUUCAUCUCUUAAUUUCGAAACGAGAGACGCGACACCUUUAAAGAAAAUACUGAAGCUGCGAUCAAACGUUUGCAAGCAAAUCUCAAGAAUUAUCCGGAAGAGAAGAAUCGAGUCCAUGUGAUUUCUUGCGCUCUGAUUUGCAGCAAUUGCAGACACAGGGUUUUUUCGGCUUGGCCGUGAGAGGUCGCUGGUUGCGAGCGAACGACAGGAAAAUUUGCUCCAGUGUCGUUUCCCCGAUCGAAUAAUCGUCAACGAGAUUCGGCCAUUUGUCGUGGCACUCCUCGAGUGUAGCGAAGAUGUCUUUCCACGUCGUGGCCGGAUCCAAGAUCACGAAUUCAAUGGUCCCCUGUUGUGUUCAAGAAACGGAUUGUGAAAUUCUUUUUUUUUACCGAAGGCUUCGGAAUCAUUCUGCUUCUUAUUGCAGUUACUAGAAUGGUUUUGGAAGGGCAUGAAGUAAUUUCCUGUGCCGAAUAUUUCACGAAAAAUUUCAGUGCAAUGAAACAAACUUUUAGCGAGAUGAAUGCUGUAUUCACGCGUUAUAGACCGCAGCCGAAUUUAACCCAGGCACCCCCGUAGGCGGAAACUUCGUAGGCCGCGGAAUAUCGAAAUUUUCUCGAAUGGAAAGAAGAGAACAAAGCCGUAAUCUAUUGUACUGAAUGAAAAGUGCUUUCGUCAUCAUUGAAUUAUUUAGAGGUUUGGGCUCAUAUCGGUCAUGGAUAUCCAUAUAUAAUAAAAUUUUUAAAGAUAACUUAAAAUUAAUGCAUCAACGUUUGUUCGGGCGCAACAGUGUGAUCACAAAAAUUUGAAAGUGGACAAUGGUAAUUUUUCUGUACCUAUCUUAAACGAGCUCAAUAUGAUGAGAGAGAAUUUAAGUUUUGCGAUGAACCAGUUCUUUGGAAAGGAAAAAUCGAAGCAUAUUCGGAAGUCAAAAUUUUUUGUAACACUCCAUGGUGUUUAAUUACCAAAUGUUGGUCCCGAAUUUGCAUGGAAGGUAGAUGUUCUUUGAUGAGGGCGAGGAGCUCCGAUGUGUUCUCCGGGUUCGCUUGUUGUAUACCGGCGUUGAGUGUGAUUUGCGCCGAGUAGCCUUGGCAAAAUCUUUGUUUCAAAUACUGAGGAUUGCCGAUGCAUUGGAACUUCCCAUUGACCAUAAUGGCUAAUCGGUCGCACAGUGCUUCACACUCCUCCAUGCUGAUUUGUGUUUUGCAAUGAAACGGAUUUGGAAAAAUGGUUGGAUACGAUUUGAGGAUGCAUUUACCCGGAACGGAGCGGAGCAUUGCAAUAAAUUUCAAAUUUAUCUCCGGUCAA